AACUGGGCCCCUGGCCGCAGGGCGGGGCCAGAGCCAGGUAGAGCUGCCCAGCGUGCGGCGCGGCGGAGCAGAAUGAGGUGCUGCCACCUCUGCAGAUUCGACGCGGCCCAGGGCCCCCGGCGGCUUAUGCGUGUGGGGCUCGCGCUGAUCCUAGUGGGCCACGUGAACCUGCUGCUGGGGGCUGUGCUGCAUGGCACCGUCCUGCGGCACGUGGCCAACCCGCGCGGCGCCGUCACUCCGGAGUACACCACGGCCAAUGUCAUCUCCGUGGGCUCAGGGCUGCUGAGCGUUUCCUUGGGACUUGUGGCCCUCCUGGCAUCUAGGAACCUGCUUCGACCCACACUGCACUGGGCCCUGCUGGCACUAGCUCUGGUGAACCUGCUGCUGUCUGCUGCCUGCUCCCUGGGCCUCCUGCUUGCUGUGUCCCUCACAGUGGCCAAUGGUGGUCGCCGUCUUAUGGCUGACUGCCACCCAGGCCUGCUGGAUCCUUUGAUACCACUGGACCAGGGGUCUGGACAUGCUGAUUGCCCCUUUGACCCCACAAGAAUCUAUGACACAGCCUUGGCUCUUUGGAUCCCUUCUCUGAUCAUGUCCGCAGCAGAGGCUGCUCUCUCAGGUUACUGCUGUGUGGCUGCACUCACCCUCCGAGGGGUUGGGCCCUGCAGGAAGGAAGGGCUGCAGCAGCAGCUGGAAGAACUGACAGAGCUUGAACCUCCCAAAUGUAAAAGGCAGGAAAAUGAGCAGCUACUGGACCAAAAUCAAGAAAUCUAGGCAUCCCAGAAAAGUUGGGCCUAGGACAGGUGCUGUUCCAGAGGCUGGGCCCACAAGGUUUGCCACUGAGCAGGGGCCCUUAAGGCAAUAUAAACAGUUGUUAAUAAAAG